ACAAAACACCCACCACCUCCUCCCUCUCCCUUCUUCUUUCUCCAUUUCCUCUCCCUCUGACCUCCUCUGUCUCUUCUAUUUCCCUGCUGCAAUGCUUCUUCAUCCAUGGCGAAAAUGGGUCGGCUGGGUCGGUUCUAAUGAGCCGGCGUUUUUGAGAUAGCCCAAAGCGGCAUUGUCCUCGUACAUGCCCAUUUGCGUCGCCACAGCGAGAAGGACGAAGAAGAGGAAGGAGAGGCGCGCGGAGAAUGUACAAGGAGCAGCUCCGCGCGAAGGCGUGGGAGUCUACGGUGCGUAAAGCGCAGCAGCAGCAGCAGCAGCAGGACCAUCAGCAGCAGCAGCAGCAGCAGGUGCGACGCCGCGUGUCGAUCUUCACCCCGAUGUCCGUCGCGCCGGCGGACGACGCCGACGGCUCGGCGUCCACGACGUCGUCGUCCAGCGACGACCAUCCGGGCGGGGGCGCGGGCGCGGGCGCGGAGAGCGAGUGCCGGGACGUGGAGCGGCUGCUGCCGAACGGCGACUUCUACACGGGGCAGUGGCGCGGGGGGGUGCCGCACGGCGCGGGGAAGUACCUGUGGACGGACGGGUGCAUGUACGAGGGCGACUGGCGGCACGGGAAGGCGACGGGCAAGGGGAAGUUCUCCUGGCCGUCUGGGGCUACCUACGAGGGCGAGUUCAAGGCCGGCUUCAUGGACGGCCACGGCACCUACACGGGCGCCGCCGGCGACACCUACCGCGGGGGCUGGCUCAUGAACCUCAAGCACGGCGCCGGCAACAAGUCCUACGCGAACGGCGACUACUACGACGGCGAGUGGCGCAACGGCCUGCAGGACGGCGCCGGCCGCUACGUCUGGCGGAACGGCACCGAGUACGCCGGGCAGUGGCGCGCCGGCCUCAUCCACGGGAAGGGCUCGCUGAUCUGGGCCAACGGCAACCGCUACGACGGCCUCUGGGAGGGCGGCGUCCCCAAGGGCAGCGGCGUCUUCACCUGGCCCGACGGCAGCUGCUACGUCGGCACCUGGUCCAGGGCCGGCGGCGUCUGCGGCACCUUCUACCCCCCCGCCGCCGCCGCCUCCUCCGCCCUCUCCAGUAACCGAAAGCGCUCCUCCUCCGUCGACGCCGCGCCCGCCCCCCCCUCUUCCGCCNUCUCGAUCCUGCCGUCGCAGAAGGCGCUGAAUUGGUCCGGCGACGAGCCGGAAUUCGCGCAGAAGCAGGCUCUGUGGCGCUCCAAGGUCGCCGAGAUCGGCACCGGGAACGGGCCCCGCCCGCGCAGGCGCGCGUCGGUCGACGCGCCCGGCGCGGGGGACGGCGGCGUCGGGGGAAUUAUUGGCGGCGGGCACGGGAGGAUCGCAGGGAUGAACAAUAGCGUCGGCGGCGGGGAGAAGGGGUUUGAGAGGAUCUGCAUUUGGGAGUCAGAUGGGGACAUCACGUGCGACAUUGUCGACGGGGGAUCGGUGGUGGCGGCGGCAGCGGCGGCGGCAGCAGCUGCGGCCGGUGGCGGGGGAGGGGGGAAGGAGGGGCCCGAGGAUUUGAUCGGAGGGUUGGGGUUGGAGGAGGCGGAGACGAGGGGGUUGGGGGGACGGCUGCAGAUGCGGUGGCCGCUGCCGCGGGUGCCGAAGAGGCAGGGGGAGACCAUCUCCAAGGGGCACAAGAAUUACGAGCUCAUGCUCAAUCUGCAGCUCGGGAUCAGGCAUGCUGUAGGAAAACAAGGCCCGAUCACCCUUGAUCUGAAAGCGUCGGCCUUCGACCCCAAGGAAAAAGUAUGGACGAAAUUCCCUCCCGAAGGGACAAAAUAUACGCCUCCGCACCAAUCUUGCGAUUUCAGAUGGAAGGAUUACUGCCCGUUGGUGUUCCGGACACUUCGGAAGCUCUUCAAGGUAGAUGCAGCGGAUUAUAUGAUGUCCCUCUGUGGAAACGAUGCGCUUCGUGAACUCUCCUCCCCUGGUAAGAGUGGGAGCUUCUUUUACCUCACCAAUGAUGACAAGUACAUGAUAAAGACGAUGAAGAAGUCCGAAGUAAAGGUGCUCCUGAGGAUGCUUCCAGCUUAUUAUAAUCAUGUUCGUGCUUUUGAGGACACCUUGGUGACCAAGUUCUUUGGUCUACACUGUGUUAGGUUAACUGGGGCUGCUCAGAAGAAGGUCCGUUUCGUUAUCAUGGGAAACCUAUUCUGCUCCGAGUAUGCUAUCCACAGGCGUUUUGAUCUGAAAGGAUCGUCGCAUGGUCGGAUGACUGAUAAGCCAGAGACGGAAAUCGAUGAGUACACGACUUUAAAAGACCUCGAUCUUAACUUCAUAUUUCGAUUGCAGAGGCCUUGGUUCCAAGAUUUCCAAAGGCAAGUUGACAGGGACUGCGAGUUUCUCGAGCAGGAGAGAAUAAUGGAUUACAGCCUCUUGGUAGGUGUACAUUUUAGAGACACCCGAAAUCCGCACGUACCUGAAGGUACUAAUGACGUAGAUGGCACAAGACAAACGACACCACGCCUUUCAAGAGUAGACAUGGAUCAGUUUCUUUACGAUCCAAAUAGGUGGGUUACGAUCAGACUCGGCACGAACAUGCCUGCAAGGGCUGAACUCACUGUUAGAAGGAACGAUUAUGAUUGCCAGCUAAUCGGAGAAUCGACGGGGGAAUUCUACGACGUCGUAUUGUACUUCGGAAUCAUAGACAUUCUCCAAGAUUAUGAUAUUAGCAAAAAGCUCGAGCACGCUUACAAAUCGAUCCAAUACGACCCGACAUCGAUAUCGGCUGUUGAUCCGAAGCAGUACUCAAAGCGCUUCCGCGACUUCAUAUUCAAAGCCUUUGCAGAAGACACCUGAAGAACCAAAAAGAAAAAAAACCCUAAAAUUAAAGAGCUUUUCACAAUGGAAUUGAAGUUCAAAUUCUUCGAACCAAAGCUGUUAACAAAUGCAGCUUACGCUUGGCUCGGACGAAGGUCAACUGCAGCCAUUAUUAAAUCAAAAAGAACGAUCAAAAGGCGAUCGAAUUUCGCUCGUGGCCUCGCAAGGAAUUUCGCGGCUCGAUCCGGCACUCGGCCCAACCGUAAAUAUGAUUAUGUAUACAGUUAACUAAUGUUUCUUUUUUUAUAGAUAAACUUUACAUAUUCAUUCAAAGGUACAGAUAGAGAGAAUUUGUAAUUAGUAGCGCGCAAGCCGAUUCAGAGUUGUAAAUCUUUUACCUGAGGGUAAAAUGUACAAGACACCAUUCUUUUUCUUCAAAAAAAUUUUCCCCCUUAAUUUG